UAUACAAACAAACAGAUAAAAACAAUCGCGCAAAAUGACUAUGAAAUCAAUGAAAUACUCCGAUUGUGAUACAAUUAUGGAUGGUUAUAAUCCCGUACCACCUCCCCUACCACGUCGGGUACCACCAGUACGCAAUAUCUAUGCAGAGCCAUUUGCCCAUGAACCCAAUCAUUCCAGCAGAUUGGGUCCUAUGCCACAACACCAACAACAAAUGCCACAAAGUAUGUCAACGGGUAAUAAUACUAUAGGCGGUCAUGGUGGCCAUGAUCGUGGUGGUGGCGGUGGCAUACCAGGUGGCAGUAUACCCGGUACUAUGAACGGUCCUAAUGGUCCCCACUGUCAGAUGAGUGGUUCACAACCUUUGGUUAUGCCACAAUUUCCAUUGCGUAAUUCACACUCAGCGCAUGCACCACAUUAUUCACCAUACUCACCUUCCAGGUUUCACAUAGAUAAACGUUGUCAACAUCGUUGUUCCUGGAAAUGUUUGAGUAUCGCCUUAAUUUUAAUAUCAGUCGUCCUAACAGCCAUGUUGGCAUAUUUUGCAGCUGUAAGCUCUAUGAAGCCCAACAUGGAUACAACAAAUUGCAUCCUAGUCCAAGAUGUUAAGUCGCAACCACAUGAUUUACAUGGCAAUACAAAAACAAAUCUACUUAAUGGCAAUAGUUUACAACCCACAGCAUACCCCACAGAAGAAUCAAUACAAACCAGUACCUCGGAUCACAGUUCCAGUACUAAUGGUGGCGGCGGUGGUGGUUUUCAAAACUUGGCACCCUCUUUGCAAUUGCAACAUCAACAGCAGCUGUUGUUGCAACAACAACAGCCACAUACCAUUAAUCAACAAUUGAAUUUGGGCAUUAAUGCAAACAUUGGCGGCGGCAUUGGUGGCAUGGGCUUGGGUGCUGGCUUAAUGGGCCAAGAUGCCACCUCCCAUCUGCAGGACCAAUCGUAUACGGCACAACAGCAACAGCAGCUGAAUCAUCAUCAUCAGCCCUUGCUUAAGUGGCCACAAGUUGUCGAACUAAAGGAUUUCAAUGAACUGUAUCAUGCCAAUAUACCAGCUUAUCAAUUCUGGACUUUGGAGUUCCGCAAUAAACAUCCAGCCUUUGUGCGCUUCAAUUUUACAUUGCCGUGGGGUGCCAACUUUGCUGUUUAUUCGCGACGCAAUGUUGCACCAUCGGUAACACAAUACGAUUUUGUUGAAUUUAUUAAAGGUGGUCGUUUGGAUAGUCAUUUAAGGCAUAGACGCAGUGUCACUGCUAAUGACACUCAGUACCGCCGCAAAGAUAUGGAAGAUGCUGGUGAUAUAUUGCUCGAUAUGUCUGCCGAGCAAUUGCAACGUUUGUCUGCCAACGAUAUGGCCUAUAUGGCGACGCGCCAUUACUUUAAUGACAUUGACAACGAUAACGACGACGCCGACGACACUGAUGAUAUUGAUGCCGCUGAGGGCGAUGACGAAGAGGAUGUGGAUAAUGAGGAUAAUGAUUCGGUAGAUUCAUCAUUUGAAUACACUGGUGAUAUUGAGACUCCCUUAGAUACCGCCAAACACAUAAGAUAUCGCCAGCAACAGCAACAAAGACGUAGAAAACGUUCGGCGGCUGGCAUGGAUGGUGGUUUGCCUGCCUUAGAUAUGGAUACCAUGAUGGUGAAUGUUUCGUUGCUGCAAUAUUUAGAUACUGGCCUUUGGUUUAUCUCUGUUUACAAUGAUGAAUUAGUGUCGCAUUCGGCCACUUUAAUUGUGGAGGAGGCGGAAGGCGUCAGCACCACUUGUCCUAAUGACUGCUCCGGUCGCGGUAGUUGUUAUUUGGGUAAAUGUGAUUGUAUUGAUGGCUAUCAAGGCUCGGAUUGUUCGAAAAGCGUCUGUCCAGUUUUAUGCUCAGCUCAUGGUCACUAUGGUGGUGGUGUGUGUCAUUGUGAGGAGGGCUGGAAGGGUUCCGAAUGUGAUAUACCUGUGGGUGAAUGUGAAGUACCAAAUUGUUCGAGUCAUGGUCGUUGCAUUGAAGGUGAAUGCCAUUGUGAACGUGGCUGGAAGGGACCUUUUUGUGAUCAACAUGAUUGUUUAGAUCCUUUGUGUUCGAGUCAUGGCACCUGUGUGGCUGGUCAAUGUUAUUGCAAGGCUGGCUGGCAGGGUGAAGAUUGUGGUACCAUUGAUCAGCAAGUUUAUCAAUGUUUACCCGGUUGCUCAGAGCAUGGUACAUACGAUUUGGAGACAGGUCAAUGUGUUUGUGAAAGACAUUGGACGGGACCAGAUUGUUCACAAGCUGUCUGCAGUUUAGAUUGCGGUCCCAAUGGUGUUUGCGAAUCUGGAAAAUGUCGCUGUAAUCCCGGCUGGACUGGAAAUCUAUGCGACCAAUUGCCCUGUGAUGCCAGAUGCUCUGAACAUGGCCAAUGUAAAAAUGGCACAUGUGUCUGCUCACAAGGCUGGAAUGGCAGACAUUGUACAUUGCCUGGUUGUGAAAAUGGUUGCUCACGUCAUGGUCAAUGCACUUUGGAAAAUGGCGAAUAUCGUUGUGAUUGUAUUGAAGGUUGGGCUGGUACAGAUUGUUCAAUUGCAUUGGAAAUGAAUUGCAAGGAUAAUAUUGAUAAUGAUGGUGAUGGUAUGACAGAUUGUUCGGACAGUGAGUGUUGCUCGCAUCCGGCCUGUUCGGAACACAUAAUGUGCCUGUCAUCUAAUGAUCCCGUCGAAGUGCUAUUGCGCAAACAACCGCCCUCGGUAACAGCAUCAUUCUAUCAACGUGUCAAAUUUUUGAUUGAAGAGAACUCUGUGCAAUCAUAUGCCCACAUGGAUGAAUACAGUGAAAACCGUGUAUCCGUAAUGCGUGGUCAGGUGAUAACGCCACAAGGUUUGGGUAUUGUUGGCAUACGAGUGUCGGUGGAUAGAGACUCGAGAUUUGGAUUUACUUUGACGCGCCAAGGUGGAUGGUUUGAUGUUUUGGUAAAUGGUGGUGGUGCUGUGACAUUACAAUUCCAACGUUCACCAUUCCGUCCAUUAACUCGUACCGUAUUUGUGCCGUGGAAUCGAAUUGUGGUCUUGCCUCCUGUGCAAAUGCAGUUAAGCGAUGAUGAUGAAAGUGCCAGCAGAAAUAUAAAAGUGGCACCUUUAAAUCCUGCCUUAACCUUCCUCAAUUCGAUUUUGUAUCAUUUCAAUGACGAGCCUGUCAGCGAUGCUCAUAAAAUCUGCAUGGAGCAUGAUCAUGAAGAGCUGAAACCACAAUUAAUUAGUACUUGGAUGCCAAAUGGCAUCGGAGCAAUGCCAGGCAAACGUGUUAUAUUUGCAGAGACACAGAUCGUUCAAGAAUCCAUCCAAAUACCUGGAUCCGAUCUACACCUAACCUAUCAGUCUUCACAGGCUUCCGGUUAUCUCAGUAUUGUGCGCAUGCGUUUGACCUCUGAGAAAAUUCCCAAAACUCUUACUCACGUCCAUGUAGGCGUAGAAAUCGAAGGUUCCUUGCAUGUGAAAACCUAUGAAGCUGAUCCCAAUCUGAUCCACACAUUUGCCUGGAACAAACGUAAUGUGUAUAGACAAAAGGUAUAUGGUGUCACUAUUGCACGUAUUUCAGUGGGUUACCAGCAUUCCACCUGCGAUACGCCGGUGUGGAUUACACAAACAGCUAAGCUGCAAGGUUAUGAUGUGGAUAUUUCGGAUAUUGGCGGUUGGGGUUUGGAUAUUCACCAUCACUAUAACUUCCAUGAGGGAAUACUGCAAAAGGGUGAUGGCAGUACGUUACAUAUGAAGGAAUAUCCUCGUACGGUGAAGGUGGUGAUGGGUACUGGUUUGCAGAGACCUUUGAAUUGUCCAGAUCAUUGUAAUGGUAUAGCCAAGGAUGCUAAGUUAUUAACACCCAUUGCAUUGGCUUCGGGACCAGAUGGUAGUUUGUAUGUGGGAGAUUUCAAUUUAGUGAGACGCAUUACCCCAGAUGGCAAAGUGUAUACGAUCUUGCAAUUAUCAGCCACUCAAGUGUCCUAUCAAUACUAUUUGGCGGUAUCACCAGCUGAUGGUCAUUUGUAUAUCUCUGAUCCAGAGAGACAUCAAAUUCUACGUUUGCUUAGAUUGGAAAAGGUUAAGGAUCCCUCUAUCAACAGUGAGCCGGUGGUGGGUUCUGGACAACGCUGUAUACCCGGUGAUGAGGGUAAUUGUGGUGAUGGCGGUCCAGCUUUACAGGCUAGACUCUCACAUCCAAAGGGCUUGGCCAUAGCAGCUGAUAGAACCAUGUACAUAGCUGAUGGCACUAAUAUCAGGGCAGUGGAUCCUAAGGGCAUUAUUCAUACGUUAAUAGGACAUCAUGGCCAUCACAAUCAUUGGAGUCCAGCCCCCUGCUCAGGCACUUUAAUGGCCAAUCAGGCCCAGUUACAAUGGCCCACUGGUUUGGCUUUAAGUCCUUUAGAUGGUUCUUUGCAUUUCAUCGAUGAUCGUUUGGUGUUGCGUUUAACCUCGGACAUGAAAAUUCGCGUUGUGGCUGGUACGCCUUUGCAUUGCAGCAACAGUGGCCAGGAUAAGGCGAACAAAACCACGGAUAAUGUUUUGGGUACAGUGUUGGCCAUGGCUUUCUCACCAUUUGGUGAUUUGUAUAUAGCUGACAGUGACUCGAGACGUGUGAAUUCCAUAAGAGUGGUAGAUACCUCAGGAAAUAUGAGAUAUUUUGCAGGAAAACAGGAAAAUGCUGGAGCCUUAACAUGUGACUGCACAAAUGGUGCUGGCCUCAAUGCUUCAACAUCCGGCUUAAAUUCUAACAUUGGCUCAUCCUCCCAUGGUACAGCAGGCGUCAUUGGUGGUGGUGGUGGUGCCUAUUCGACAACUACAAAUCCUACACGUAAUAAUGGUGGCACAACUCCUACAACACCAUCGGGUAGUAAUGCAUUCAACGGAAACGGAAAUGGCGGUUUCAAUGGCAACAGUGCGUCCUCAUCGUCUAACUCAGCCUCUGUCAAUAGUGUGGGUGGUGGCUGUAUUUGUUCACCCUCCUCACCCUCGGGAUUAGCUGGCAUUGUGUCGGGCAAUCUUAUGUCUACGGGUCCAACGACAACAACAACCGUUCUAUUGGGUGCUAAAACAACAACAGCUGGUGGUUUAGGCUCUACUUUGGGUUCGGCUGGCACAAUGAACGAUGAUGGCACGUUGAGUAAUGCUGAAACGCUAUUGUCAUCAAAUGCACGUUUUCAGGCAAUUUCAGCAAUUGCGGUUGCCCAGGAUGGCGUUAUUAAUGUGGCUGAUCAAGGUUCCCUACAUGUCUUGGCUUUGGAACACUAUCUGCCCUCCCACGAUGAAAACGGUGAAUUCCAUAUACCCUAUCCACCCACCAGUGAGGUGUAUGUCUUCAAUCGUUAUGGACAGCAUGUGGCCACCAAAGAUUUGGCUUCCGGCAAAACCCGCUACAGUUUCCUAUACUCCAAAAAUACAUCCUUCGGCCGUCUCUCAACAGUAACUGAUGCUUCCGGCAAUAAGAUACAAUUCCUAAGAGAUUACAGCAAUGUGGUCAGUUCCAUAGAAAAUACCCAAGAUCAUAAGUCAGAUAUACAAAUUAAUGGCAUUGGAAUUAUGACCAAGUUAACGGAAAAGGGCCGGCAAGAAAUUGAAUUGGACUAUGACAGCAAUACGGGCUUAUUGAACUCUCGAUCAUCGGGUGGUGAAACCUAUAUCUAUCAAUAUGAUGAGUUUGGCCGUGUCACUGGCAUGAUUUUGCCAAGUGGUGAAAUUGUUAGAAUAACCUCACAAUUGGCUGAUAACAAGGGUCUAACUGUUUAUGUUCACGCCUCGGUGGAGUCUUUGUUCUCGCGUGAGAAAGGAGAUACCAAUGAAUUGUUGGUAUUGGGCGGCGUAAGAUCUACGUUCAUGAAGAAGGGCCAGGAGAAUGCUGAUGCUGAAAUUAAACCCAACAAUACUUUGGUCAUUCACAGUUCAAAUGGUGUGAUUGUGGAAUCUUCGGCGGUGGCUCGGCAUCCUUUGCUGGAAGCUGCUUUACCGGUGGAAGCUGAGAUGUUAGCCAUGUGGUCUCAUCAAAGUGUUACCAUGGGCGAGGGAUUAACCAACAACAUGUAUUCGGUUUACAAUUUGGUAGGCGAUGUACGCAAUCCCCAGCAGACUUUGAAUCGCGAGAUAUGGGUUAAUCAGUCCAGAGUUAUAGGCGUGGAAUUUGAUCAGUUUACCAACCGAGAGACCUUCUAUGAUAUGAAUCGUACUCCUAUUUUGAUAGUAGCCUAUGAUCAGUCUGGUUUACCUAAAUCAUAUUACCCCACAAAUGGUUAUCCUGUUAACAUGACUUAUGAUCGUUUCAAUCGCAUUGAAGGCUGGGCUUGGGGUCCAGCAGAAUUGAAGUAUUCCUAUGACAGACAUGGUUUACUAUCGGAAAUCACCUCUCAACAGGAUGGCAUCAUUUCCUUUGUAUACAAUGACUGGAAUUUGGUGUCCGAAAUUGGUUUGGCCUCGCAGCGUAAAUUUGUAUUGCAGUAUGAUGAAUCUGGUGGCUUGAGACACGUAACUUUACCCUCCGGCACCAAGCACUCCUUUAGUAUGCAGACUUCAAUUGGUUUCAUUAGAAAUACUUAUACCCCGCCGGGCAGCACUAAACCUUAUCUACAACAUUAUAGUCAUUCGGGUGCCUUGUUGCAGACCAUAUUCCCUGGGGAUGGCGCACGGAUUGUGUAUCGUUAUAAUGCUGCUGGCCAGUUGACGGAAAUUGUACAUGGUGAUGGUAAAAGUGAAUUUAUUUAUAAUGAAGCUACGGCCAUGCCUUCGACAGUAUCCCAUACAGAAAGAGAAUUGGAAUACAGAUGGGACUUUGAAUACACUGGCGGUUUAUUAAGCGAGGAACGCAUAGACUUUAUAGCCAAGACUGGUUUGAGUAAUGCCAAGUUUACCUAUGAAUAUGACACCGAUUUCCGUGUAAUCUCCAUACAAGGACGCAUUGGUGGCCAGAAUUUGCCAGCCCAAAACUUUGCCUACGAUAUGCGCACCGGCCAGCCUAGCAUGAUUGGCCAAUUCAAACUAAUGCAUCCUUUACUUAACCAAACUCAAGUUUAUGAUGGCACUGCCAGUUUCACACGCACCGUAGAUGGCCGUUUCAUGACCCAGAAAAUUACCUUGGCCAUACACCGGCUGGAAGUUUUCCGCAUGGAAUAUUCAUUUGGUGUUCAUGGACGCAUCACUCAAACUAGAACCUAUACCAGAAAUAUGGCUGUCAAUACCUAUACAAAUGUAAAGAAUUAUACCUGGGAUUGUGAUGGUCAGCUGAUAGGUGUAGAAGCUCAAGAACCUUGGGGAUUCCGUUAUGAUGACAAUGGAAAUUUAUUGUCGCUGACCUAUCGAGGAAAUACCAUACCCAUGGAGUAUAACAAUCAAGAUCGUAUUGUUAAAUUUGGUGAAGGUCAAUAUAAAUAUGACACUCGAGGCUUGGUGGCUCAAAAUGCUAGAGAGGAAAGAUUUUACUACAAUACACAAGGUUUGCUGGUACGAGCAACCAAGAGAGGACGUUUCGAUGUGCGCUACUACUAUGAUCAUUUGAAACGUUUGGCUACACGCAAAGACAACUUUGGCAAUGUUACCCAGUUCUUCUAUAACAAUCAACAAAGACCAUACGAAGUCUCCCAGAUAUACUCACCCAGAGAUGGCAAAUUAAUGUCUUUGACUUAUGAUGAUGUGGGUCAUCUGAUUUAUGCCCAGGUUUAUAGACAUAAAUAUUAUGUGGCCACUGAUCAGAGCGGCACCCCCAUAAUGAUAUUCAAUCAAUAUGGAGAAGGUAUCCGUGAGAUAAUGCGUUCACCAUUCGGCCAUAUAGUCUACGAUUCCAAUCCCUAUUUAUAUUUGCCUAUAGAUUUUUGUGGUGGCAUAUUAGAUCAGGUGACAACCUUGGUGCACAUGGCAGAUGGUCGGGUUUAUGAUCCUCUAAUAGGUCAAUGGAUGACACCUAAUUGGGAAAAUGUUAAGAAACGCAUAACCUCACCCACCAAAAUGCAUUUAUAUCGUUUCAAUGGCAAUGAUCCCAUUAAUGUGGGUCAUGAUCGCAAUUACCCAGCCUCGUUUAAGGACUGGAUGAAGACCAUAGGAUUUAAUGUUGAAAACUUAGUGCCACAGCUGAGUCGCAAUCUAUGGGAGCAGCCUUCACUAUGGGGUAGAGCACCUUAUAAUCCUAUCGCUUUGGACCUAAAGAAGCCCAUGUAUAAUGUACCCACCAUGGCGGUGGAAAGUGGUUUCCUGGCCCAUUUGAAUAUACGCAGAAUGUCCAACUUUGAAGACCUCAAUUCACCACCAAAAUCAGCCUUGAAAUAUGAUGUUAUGACUCCGGGUCCCAGAAAUAUUGGCUCCGAUACAGAGCCGCCUUUCGGUAAAGGAAUUGUGGUGUCGCGAACAGCUGAUGGCCAAGCCAUAGUAUCAAGUGUGCCAGCAGCCAAUGCUAUCUAUAGAGAUGUUUAUACCUCGGUAUUUAAUAGAUCCAAACUACUGCCCUUCACCUUUGUCGUGCAUAAUGCCCAGCAAGAUUCCUUCUUCUUUGUCAAAGAAGAACUGUGGCGAGCCAGUGAAGAUCGCCAGCAGCUGAAACGUCUGCAGGGACAAGUCAACACCACUUUCCAUGAAAUCACACGAGAAAAUGGCAGCGGCACCAACUAUCUGGAUGUGAAAAUACAUGGUCUACAUGCCAUAAUCAAUUUACGCUAUGGCACCACUGUGGAGAAGGAGAAUCAAAGACUUAUGCAUCAUGCCAAACUGACAGCUGUGCGCAAGGCCUGGCAUCGAGAAAAGGAAGCCUUGAGAACCGGUCUUAAUACAGAAAUCGAAUGGAAUCAGCAAGAAAUCGAUGAAAUACUAAAACAAAACUAUGCCAACAACUAUGAAGGAGAAUACAUACAUGAUGUGAGCCUGUAUCCCGAACUGGCCGAGGAUCCAUACAAUAUAAAAUUCGUGAAGAGAAAAGGCGCCACCGGAGGAGCAGCCGGUGUACCCAAUGCCCGUAAACGCAGAAGAAGAAGUAUACUUAAGGACGAAGAUGAUAUAACAAUUAUAAAUAAAGAAGAGCAGCAUACGCAGCCACAAAAUUUAAUCAAACAAUUAAAAAAGACGUCAACAGAUGAUGAUGAUGAUAAAGUGGAAAAUGUUAAACAACAAUCACAAUCAACAAGUGAGGCAGACAAGGAAAAACAACAGCAAAACACUAGUAAAGGUGUUGUGGCAACUUCAAACACACAUGAAUGUUUGCAACACCAUAAAUGUUAGCUUAAAUUUUAAAAAUUUAUAAUAUAAACCUACAAAAAAAAACUAAGAAAAAAAUUCACAAAAAAUAAUUUUGUUAUAAAUAUAAUAUAAAAAAAAAUCCUUUAAAAUUAGUUAAGUUUUCAAAAAGAAAUGAAGCAAAACAAAAAAACAAUGAUUAAUUUAUAAUUUCCUAAUUAUACUACAUAAAUCGAGGGGAAGCUGAAAAAUGAUAUGGAAGACGAUAAUGAUAAUGAUACUGAUAAGAUAACGAUGAAAAAUAUAAAAAAAUAUCCUUAAAAAUUUAUAAAUAUUUAAAGAAAUUAUGGUUUUUACAUAUUUAAUUUAAGUUUUAAUUUGUAUCUGUGUAUAGUAGUGAAUAAUUAUGUAAUAAUAUAUAGUAUAUAUAUAUAAAUAUAAUUAUAAAUAUAAAUAUAAUAUAUAUAAAAUAUUUAUUUACCCUUUAAACAAAACAAGAAUUUAGUGUUUAAGUAAUUUAGUUAUUAGUAAUAAUAAAUUAAAACUAAAUAUAAAUAAAACUCUUGAUAUAACAUUUAAGGCAAAUGAGCUAAGAAAUCCCAUUAAAUAUUUAAGUUUAUUUUUUCUUUUCUUUUUCUUCUUUCAAGUAAAACAAAGAAGAUUUAAGGAGAACUUAUAAUAAUAUAUUAAGUAAUAGCAGUGAUUAUUAGUAUAUAGAUUAUUUUUGUAAUUUUUCUUUUUUUAUGUAUUGUAUAUGUAUUUAAAAACGAAAUUUUUGUUAUGAAAUUAAAAGACUUUUUUUCCAAAAUCAAAA